AUGGCAGAGCAAAAGUCAGCUAUUCUAUCUGUAUACGACAAGACGGGUCUGCUGGACCUGGCCAAGGGCCUUGUCGAGCAGAAUGUCCGUAUUGUAGCUUCUGGAGGCACAGCUAAGAUGAUCAGAGAUGCUGGCAUUGCCGUUGAUGACGUUUCGUCGAUAACGAAAGCCCCAGAGAUGCUGGGUGGCCGUGUGAAGACCCUCCACCCAGCUGUUCAUGGUGGUAUCCUGGCACGCGACAUCGAAUCCGACAAGCAAGACCUUGCCAACCAGAAGAUUGCGAAGGUGGACUUCGUCGUGUGCAACCUGUACCCUUUCAAGGACACUGUCGCAAAGCCCGAUGUGACCGUUGAAGGUGCAGUGGAGGAGAUUGACAUUGGAGGAGUGACUCUGUUGCGUGCAGCAGCAAAGAACCAUGCUCGCGUGACUAUUCUAAGCGAUCCUUCGGACUAUACCAACUUUUUGAAGGAGCUGGCCAGCGGCGGCGUGACCGAGGAAACUCGAAAGUUGUAUGCUCUGAAGGCAUUCGAGCAUACGGCUGACUACGACGAGGCCAUCUCUGGGUUUUUCAGGAAGAAGUAUGCUGGUGAGGGGUCACAGUAUAUCCAGCUGCGUUACGGAGCCAACCCCCACCAGGCCCCUGCAUCUGCCUUUAUGAGGAAUGGCAAACUCCCGUUUAAGGUAUUGAACGGAGCACCCGGAUACAUCAACUUGCUUGACUGCUUGAAUGCCUGGCCACUGGUCAAGGAGUUGAAGCAGGCCCUUGGAUACCCUGCUGCAGCUAGCUUUAAACACGUCUCGCCUGCGGGAGCUGCCAUUGGAGUACCCCUGAAUGAGAAGGAGAAACAGGCAUACAUGGUCGAUGACAUCCAGGGGAUUAAUGAAUCAGGUCUGGCACAGGCAUAUGCUCGUGCACGAGGUGCUGACCGGAUGUCCAGCUUCGGAGAUGUCAUUGCCCUGUCGGAUGUGGUUGACGUUCCUACCGCAAAGAUCAUCUCUCGUGAGGUAUCAGACGGCGUGAUUGCCGCCGGAUACUCCCCCGAGGCCCUUGAGAUUCUGUCCAAGAAGAAGGGCGGCAAAUACCUUGUCCUGCAGAUGGACGAGAACUACACUCCCCCCGACGAAGAGACCCGAUCUGUCUACGGUGUACAGCUCUCCCAGCGCCGAAAUGAUGCCAACAUCUCCCCAAAGACCACAUUCAACAAGAUCGUUACGCCCAAGGACAUGAGCUCACUACCCGAGGGAGCACUAAGAGACCUGACCGUUGCAACAAUUGCGUUGAAAUACACGCAGUCCAACUCCGUCUGCUAUGCCGUCAAUGGACAAGUAGUUGGUCUAGGCGCGGGCCAGCAGAGCCGAAUUCACUGCACCCGUCUGGCGGGCGACAAGACGGAUAACUGGUGGAUGAGAUUCCACGAGCGAACCCUUGGUAUCAAAUGGAAGGCUGGCGUCAAGCGGGCAGACAAGAGCAAUGCAAUUGAUAUGCUGUGCUCCGGCCAGAUACCACGCUCCGACGUCGAGAAGGCGGAUUAUGAGCGUGUGUUUGAGGAGGUUCCCGCUCCUUUUACCUCGGAGGAGCGCGAGGCAUGGCUGCAGAAGCUUACUGAAGUCGCCAUCUCUUCUGACGCUUUCUUCCCAUUCAUUGACAAUGUUUUCCGCGCCGCCCGAUCCGGCGUCAAGUACAUGGCCGCACCGAGCGGCAGCCAGAACGACGGCCCAGUGUUCGAAACUGCUGAGAAGCUUGGAAUUGUCUUUGUUGAGCAGCGCAUCCGCUUGUUCCACCACUAG